UCUCAUUUCAUUUCUUCAUCAAUUCUCUCUUCUUCAUCUCCCUUGCCCUAACUAAAGAUGGAAACCAAUAUGAAGAUGAAACAAUCCAAAGAAUCACAAUCAAGUUUGUGGAAUACUCACAUUAGUUCCAUGAAUUCUAAGCCACUAGCACAACAUCUUGAAGAGAUGGGCCAGAGUGUCAAGCAAAUGCUGAAACUGAUGGAAGAUGGCGAGUCUUUGUCGAAGAAGGCUGAAACACAUAGGCCAGAGUUGGCUACUCACAUUCAGGAAUUCUAUCAUUUGUAUCAGUCUCUGGCAGAGCGCUAUGAUCAUUUCACAGGAGAAUUACAAAAGACUAUACCAUCGGAUUUCCAACUGCAGGGUUCUGGCAAUUCUAAAUCUGGCUCUAGCCAAGGAUCUCCACUUCUAACUCCUGAUCAAAAGCUGGGUUUACAUAACUCUGGCCAUCAAGCUGCAUCUUCCAGCUCUGGCGGAAGCUCUGAUUUUUCUAUGAAGGAAGGAACUGGAUUAUCUUCUUCCUCAUCAUCAGACACAGAGUCAGAAUCUUCUAACUCCAUCAAAUUUUACUCCGCUGCACCUGGGAAAACAGAAGGCAAGGGAUUCCAUGAAAAGAUUAUUGGGCUGGGAACUGAGCUUCCAAGCAUGAAAGAGAAGCUCCAGGUGGCUGAGGAAGACAAUGCAGAUAGUUUCUUGGAGGUGAGAGAAGAUGGGAAUUACGAAGAGUUACUCAAAAGAGUUAUCAAGUAUGAGGAGAAGCUAAGAGUUUCAAACCUAAGACUCCAGUUGUCAGAAGAAGAAGUUGCCAAGUUGAAGAAUGAGCUUCAUGCUCAGAUUGAGUCUGCGAAGAGAGAUAUCGAAAUGAGGGAGGCUGAUCUUGAGACGGAGAGAGGAAAAGUAUUUGAACUGGAAAACUAUACGUUUGAAUUAGAAACUUGUGUUUCGGACUCUAAGUUGAAGAUUGAAAGGCUGAUGCAAAAGCUUGAAGUAAGUAGAGAAAGGCUCCAGGAAUCAGAUGAGGAGAUCGAACGAUUGAAAAAAGAACAUGCAAGUGAAAUUGCUGAGCAUACUUAUAAACUAAAAGGACAGCUUAAGUUGGCUCAAGAAGAUGUAGUCAUGCUGAAGGUUAGUCUUGAUUCUGAGAGAAGUCAGGUUUUGAAGUUGCAAGAGACAAUUGCAAAAUACGAAGGUGAUUUAUCUGUCUAUGAUGAUGAGAUCCGGGAUUUGAAAGUUGCACUGAAUGAUGCGCAAGAAAACUUCUCUUUGGAAAGAGCACAGCUGCAGUGUAAUGUAGCUAGCUUGUUAGAGAAACAGACCCUUGCAGAUGCAAAGCUCAAAGAAUUGGAGUUGCAAGGCAAAGUUUUGGAGGAUACGAUAAAGCAAUGUGAAAAUGAGAAGAUGGAGAUGAAAGGCUUGCAUGAGGCCCAACAAAGUGGGAUGCAAAGUGAGAUCAGUAAAUUGAAAGUAGAAGUUGCUGAGAGAGGUAGCCAUGUUGAAGCUUUGAACAAAAACCUUGACAGUCUUAAAUUGAAAUAUGACAUGCUUAUGGCAGAAAAAGAUGAGAUUAAUGCAAAAGUAAACACACUGAGGGCAGAGGUGAGUUGUCGAGAUGAUUGCAUUAGGCAAAAGGAUGAGCUUUUGCAAAGGGUACGCAUUGAUCAUGCACAACUGAUGGCUGGAGCUGGAACCACAAAGAAGGUAGUUGAUGAGUUAAGAGUGAGAGUGAAGGAGCUGGAGAAAGAGGUAGACGAGCAGAGAAAUGUGAUUUUAGAUGGGGCAGAGGGGAAAAGAGAGGCAAUACGGCAGCUAUGUUUCUCGCUGGAGCAUUACAGGAGUGGGUAUAAAGAACUUCGUCAAGCAUUUAUUGGGAACAAGAGGCAUCAAGUUAUUGCUGCAUAAUUUCAGUUAAGCUCAGUAUUGUUGUAGUAAGUUUGAAAAGACUGAUUUGUGUAUUUGAUUUUAUGUUGUAUGUUAUUUAAACUUUAUACAUGGUUAAUUAGUUGUGGAUAUUUGCUUGUUAUGGGAAUUUUUAUGUCUUGUGUUAGUUGUUUAUCAAUUUAGAGCUUAAAG